CCCCCGACCGCACAGAGGAAAAUGGCCUGUGGAACCGAAAGGGUUGAAAGUUUAUGAAAUACUGAGGGCGGUGGUCUGAUACAGCACGGCAUGCUGGUUCCAGGACACGCACAGAAUGAGUUUAAAAAAUGGCGCCAGCCAUGAAAAGGCGCCUCACAGUCUUUAUAUUUACCCCCAACUCUCGUCUGAAGUCUCAAACUGCUGCACUGUUUUGGCCACAAAGGAAUCUUCUGCCUCCGAGGUCAUAAGUAAUGCAGUGGCUACACUUGGAUUGGACAGCUCCAAGCCCUAUGUAUUGGCAGAGGUGAAAGAAUCAGGAGGGGAGGAGUGGGUUCUAGAUCCCAAUGACUCUCCAGUGCAGAGGGUCCUCCUUUGGCCACGGAAGGCCCAGGAGAGGCACCCGCAAUCGGAUGGAUACUACUUCCUGCUCCAAGAGAAGAAUCAGGAUGGGAGUAUUAAAUACGUCCACCUGCCACAAGUGUCAGAGGAGAAAACGGCAAGAAGAUUGGUGGAGAGGGGUUUUCUACCCCGCCCUCAAGAAGACUAUGAUGAUUUAUGUAAUUUACCCAAGUUAACAGAGGGUGCCAUACUAGGUAACCUUAAGACCCGUUUCAUGAAACACAAGAUCUACACCUAUGCAGGAAGUAUUCUAAUUGCCAUCAAUCCUUUCAAAUUCUUGCCCAUCUAUAACCCCAAGUAUGUUAAGAUGUAUGAUAAUCACCAGUUGGGUAAGCUGGAGCCCCACAUCUUUGCUAUAGCCGACGUGUCCUACCACACUAUGUUAAAAAAGAGGGUCAACCAGUGCAUCGUCAUCUCUGGUGAAAGCGGCUCUGGAAAGACGCAGAGCACCAACUUCCUUAUACAUUGUCUGACCGCGCUGAGCCAGAAGGGCUUUGCGAGUGGGGUGGAGAGGACCAUAUUGGGAGCUGGACCUGUGCUAGAGGCCUUUGGAAAUGCUAAAACUGCACACAACAAUAACUCAAGUCGCUUUGGAAAAUUCAUCCAGGUCAAUUAUUUGGAAAGUGGUAUUGUGCGUGGGGCUGUGGUGGAAAAAUAUCUACUUGAAAAAUCCAGACUUGUAUCUCAAGAAAAAAAUGAAAGGAAUUACCAUGUAUUCUAUUACAUGCUCCUUGGGGUCUCAGAGGAGGAGAGGAAGGAAUUCCAUCUGAAGCAACCAGAAGACUAUUUCUACCUCAAUCAAAACAACUUCAAGGUGGAAGAAGGAGAGGAUCUCCGACAUGAUUUUGAGCGCCUGAAACAAGCCAUGGAAAUGGUUGGCUUUCUUCCAGCUACAAAGAAACAGAUAUUUUCAGUGCUGUCUGCCAUCCUCUACCUUGGCAAUGUGACCUACAAAAAAAAGGCAUCUGGGAGGGAUGAGGGUUUAGACGUUGGCCCUCCUGAAGCACUAGAUACCCUAUCAGAGCUACUGCAGGUAAAGAGGGAGUUGUUGGUGGAAGCUCUGACCAAGAGGAAAACUGUUACUGUAAAUGAGAAGCUGAUAUUGCCAUACAGCCUAAAUGAGGCUGUGACCGCCCGAGAUUCAAUGGCCAAAUCAUUGUACAGUGCUUUAUUUGACUGGAUUGUACUACGGAUUAACCAUGCCCUACUCAACAAGAAGGAUGUGGAGGAGGCAGUAAAUUGUCUGUCAAUUGGUGUCCUGGAUAUCUUUGGGUUCGAAGACUUUGAAAACAAUAGCUUUGAACAGUUCUGUAUUAAUUAUGCCAAUGAGCAACUGCAGUAUUACUUCAACCAGCACAUCUUUAAGUUGGAGCAGGAGGAGUACCAAGAUGAAGGUAUUAGCUGGCACAAUAUAGAUUAUACAGACAAUGUUGGCUGCAUCCAUUUGAUUAGCAAAAAACCAACAGGUCUCUUCUACCUGCUUGAUGAGGAGAGCAAUUUCCCCCAUGCUACCUAUCGCACAUUGCUUGCAAAGUUCAAACAGCAACAUGAUGAAAAUAAGUUUUUUGUGGCCACACCAGUCAUGGAGCCUGCCUUCAUCAUCCGUCACUUUGCUGGGAAAGUCAAGUAUCAGAUCAAGGAUUUUCGAGAGAAAAACACAGAUUACAUGAGACCCGAUAUUGUGGCUCUUCUCAGAAGCAGUGACAGUGCAUACAUCCGGGAGCUGAUUGGGAUGGACCCUGUGUCCGUCUUCCGUUGGUCUGUCCUGCGGGCAGCUAUCAGAGCCAUGGCUGUUCUUAAUGAGGCUGCAAGACAGAGGGCUGAAAGAACAGCAGGUGUUGUACGAAAAGGAUCCAGAGUUCCGCUUGGGGAACUUCAGAGAUCAAACACACCCGUGGAGAAAGUAUACCGCCACUCUCUCCUCGAUUUCUCCUUUGAUUGUUCCGUGGACUAUGAUAUUGAUGUGUUUGAAGACAUCAUUAGUAUAUACGAAAGCAAGAAGAAAUCUAAAGGUGCCCGUCAGAAGCAGCUCAUUCCAAAGAACCUACUGGACUCGCAGUCCCUAAAAUUAAUAAUGAGUAUGACUCUCCAUGACCGAACUACUAAGUCCUUGCUUCACUUGCACAAGAAAAAAAAGCCACCCAGUAUUAGUGCACAGUUUCAGGCAUCCCUGAAUAAGCUUUUGGAGACACUUGGUAAAGCUGAACCAUUCUUUAUCCGAUGUAUUCGCUCCAAUGCGGAAAAGAGGGAGAUGACCUUUGAUGAAGCCCUAGUCCUCCAGCAACUCCGAUACACAGGAAUGUUAGAGACUGUUAGAAUACGGAGAUCCGGGUAUAGCGCUAAGUAUACUUAUCAGGAGUUUGCAGACCAGUUCCAAGUACUGCUCCUAAAAUCCUCUUCGGUGCUAAAAGCAAAUAUUGCUGCUCUGUUGGAAAAUUUAUCCUUGGACCCUCACAAUUAUCAGCUUGGUAAAACCAAGGUGUUCAUGAAGGAACCAGAAAGGCAGAAGCUCCAGGACACUUUGCACCAGGCUGUCAUCAAGAAGAUAAUUCUCCUACAGAGUCUAUUCCGGAUGGUUGUGGACAGAAGAAACUUCCUCAGGAUGAAAACAGCAGCUACCUGCAUACAGGCCCACUGGAGAUCACAUCAAGUGAGAAGAGAGCUAGAGGUCAGCAACAAUGCUGCUCUGUGUAUCCAGGCGUAUUGGAGAGGAUUUAUUGAGAGGCAAAAUUACCGCAGGCGGAUUCUGCUCAUCCAGAGACUGCAGGCUCUUUGCAGGGGACACUUACAAAGGAAAAGGUACAAGGAGAUGCUGGACAUAAAGAGGAAGGCUGAUGAAGAGAAGAUUAAGCAGGAAGCCCUAGAAAGAGAGAGGCAGGCUCUUCUGGAGAAAGCUCGGCGGGAAGAGGAGGAAAAACGGAUGGUGAAGGAAUCCCUUAGACAAGCAGAGAUGAAGGAAGGAGGAGCGCACAGUAAACCAGAAAGAACUGGGGAGAACACUCUGGAGAUGGCCCACCAGGCUUACAGCGUAAAAGAAGAUGAAAACUCAGUAUUAAAAAAAGGUGAUAUUAUGGAGACUUUAAACACAGUUAUCAAGGCCGUGGAAGAGAGUGAGAGGAUUGUUAAAGAAAAUGAAUGUAACAUGACAGAGAAACCUUUAAAUGAGGCUAUACAGGCAGAUCCCCAAAUCCACAAUACAGAAAAAGAGGCAGGGUCGGUAAUGAAAGAGUCUUCUAAACCCAAAAUGACACAGAUGGUAUCAAGGAGUGAUGCUGCAAGUCCCGAGAGAGCUCCAAGCAGCAGAGAAAAGCGUGAGAACCGGAGACGUAGGGGUCUGCAGCAUGAAAUGAUGCAGAAUAAACGUAUUUACUCUUCCCUGGAUGGGACAGAGAAAGAUGGUGAAAGCCAGCAAGGAGAAACUGAGACAGAACAUCGGGUCUGCACUAGGGAAGGGGAGAUAGUAGGAUUCCAAGAAGAGAAAAUUGAUAGAGAGAAAGAAUUCACAAAAGUGAUGCUGACUGGUGGAGAAGGGGAGACUCCAAGGACAAAAGAAGAUUCUUGUGUAGCAAAGCCUACUAGGCCCUCCAACCUUCCUUUGGAUCUCCAACUCCCAUCAGUGAAGCCACCUAUAAAGCCUGAGGAGAAGAGCAAACAAAGCGUAACACAAGAAGCUGAAAUUCUGAGCGUGGGCAUCAUCCAGAGAUAUAGUGACCAUGAGAAGCUGAAGAACAUAGUAGAGAAGUGGAAGGAGAAGAGGCAAAGUGAGGGGGAAUCUUCUCCAAACUCCAAAACAGAGGAGGAAAAUCUUCCAGGAGAGAGCAAGGAAACACCAAAAGAGGAGAAGACUGCUAGCCUACCCAGGGAGAUCAAAAAUGUGCCACAGGUUUUGCCCCCCAUCCAAUCACCCACUAUGCAAACAGAGUCUGAGAAGGGUGUAAAGAAGGUAGCUCUUCAGAAAAAGAAAUCAAGUGAGCCCACCUUACAGUCUGACACAGCUGUAUCACAGCCAGUGGAUUCCAAGCAUACUUAUAAGAACCCUCUUCAAAGGCUUCUGGGUAAGAAACCUGAGAAGAAAAAUAACAAAGAGAGUCCACUCACCCCAGAUGGUACCGAUCAACCCCUCUCCCAACAGCCUUGGCACGAAACCUGUCCUGUGAAGGCACCUCUUGAAGGUGCAACCUCCACAGGACAGGUCGGUCGGAACCAUGGCGUGGAGGCAUCCAGCAAACUGCGCAGAAACCGCUCAAUUAAAAUCAGUAAAGCUACAACUGUGUCUGAGACGUGGAAAGCCUCUUUAUGCAGAGAGAUAACCAACCCCACUGAAUUAAAACACUUAGAUGACUUUCUCUUUACAAAGAUUACAACUCUGAAUGCUGACAAAUCAGGUGUGGAGUGCCUCCUGUUCAAAGCCAUGGAGAUGUUCAGAGGCAACCUCAAAUUCAUGUAUUCUUCUCCAAACGGCCACAUUCAUGCUGGCUACAAGGAUCUAAUGGAAAAUUUCCAGCUACUUGUCAAUAAUCUGACACAGGAGAGGAAAGAGAAGGAUUUAAAGCUUGUGCUAAAUCUGUUCCAAUCUUUCUUGGAUGAAUUUACACGGGGAUACUCCAAGAGAGAAGAGAACGAAACCCAUAAGCCUCGUAAAUCUCAAAAGAAGAAGCGAAAGCAAGAUCAAACGCUGGAGUCAAACGGCCAUGUGUUUAUCAGCUACCAGGUAACCAUUGGCCAAUCCUGUGAACACUGCUCCUCCAACAUCUGGCCCAUGGAAAAGGCUUUACUUUGCAGUACCUGCAAGAUGAUAUGUCAUAAGAAGUGUCUGAGUAAAAUUCAGAAUAGAUGCACCCCUGCAGGAACGAAAAAGAACCAGGGAGGCCAUCAUUUUGGAGUGCAUGUAGGUGAUCUGACAAGUGAGACUUGCUUGGUACCUGUUGUUAUGGAGAUCUUGCUGGAAUACCUGGAGAUGCAUGGCUUGUACACUGAAGGCAUCUACCGCAAGUCUGGUGCAGCUAAUCGCAUGCGAGAACUAAAGCAGUCCCUGGAGAAAGACCCAAACUCUGUGAAAUUGGAUAGCUACCCAAUCCAUGCCAUCACUGGAAUCCUGAAACAGUGGUUACGAGAACUCCCUGAGCCAUUGAUGACCUUUGCACAAUACGGCGAGUUCCUGAGGGCUGUGGAGCUCCCAGGGAAGCAGGAACAGCUGUGUGCCAUAUACAAAGUCCUUGGACAGCUACCACGAGCUAAUUACAACACUUUAGAGAGACUUGUUUUCCAUCUUGUCAAGGUGGCAUUAGAAGAACAAGUGAAUCGAAUGACCCCAAAUUCCCUGGCCAUUGUCUUUGCACCUUGCUUGUUACGCUGCCCUGAUAACUGCGAUCCCCUAACUAGUAUGAAGGAUGUGUCCAAAACCACAAUAUGCGUGGAGAUGCUAAUUAAGGAGCAAAUGAGCCAGUAUAAAAUAAAAAUGCAGGAAAUUGGUCUGUUGGAAGCUGCAGAGACACGUGCAGUGAGCAGACUCUCCCUUCUCAGAGAGAGCACUCCGUGGCCUGUUCAUUUAGGAUUUAUUUCUCCUUAUGAUGGGAUCUUGAAUAAAAGCCAGCCAUCCAAUGGCAAAGUUUCAGCAGAUCUGGACACUGUGCAAGAAGAGCAACUGCCACACAUAGAGGCUGUCAGAGAGUCGGAGAUUCUGAUGGACAGGAUACAGUCUAUUAAAGAGGAGAAGGAAGAGAUCACUUACCGCCUUCCAGAAUUGGAGCAGCGAGGAUCCGAUGAAGAAAAUGCGGAUUCAGAGGCCUCAAACAGCACGGAGAGUUUACUGGACAAAAAGCCGGUCCAGCCAGUGAAGGAAGUGUUGUGUGCAAUAGACUCAGCUGUUGCCCCUCAGCAACUGGGACAAACCAAUUGCCUUGUUACCAAAGUACCACUGUUCACCAUGUCUGUACAGUCCUCUGGUGUCAGACGAAGACCUUCCUCUUUUCUGGCAAAGAUGAAGGCCCAUAAAAGAAACCCAGUUAUACCUAUCUCCAACAUAAAACUGCCUCCUGGGUUAUCAAAAGUCGUUGAUGCUCCUGAGGAGCCUUCUGUGGUUCGACGGAGAGAGCAGCCAGGAAGGAGAACAGACAGCAUUCAGUCAGUCUAUCUUCCAGAAGGAAUAGAAACGACCACACCAGGAGGUCUAGAAUACGAACCUACAGCAAAACUCCAACGCAGGUUCUCUGACCCACAUUUUCAGAUUCCCUGUUCAGAAGAGUCCAACCAUUGAGGCAAAACCUACCGUAACAAGCACAGCUCUUCUUCAUUGUCUGUAUUUUGGUCGCCAAAGACACUGACCAUUGAAAAUAGGGAGCAGUUGGACCGUGAUGGAUGCGCAGGGAAAUAUUUAAUAGCCAAACCAGUAAAAGUAUACAAUCUUCAUGUUUUGAAGGAACAUAUUCUUCAAACACUUUCCCUGGUUUUAUGUGUGGACAUGAUAGUACGUCGUAUGUUAGGGAUGGGGGAAAUGUUAAACAUCCUCCAAACCAUGGCAUUAGGGUUUUACGCCCAGCCAUUAGUGUAAUUCCGAUCUCUUAAUGCAGUAGGACCAAAGGUGAAAUGAUUUUGCCUUCAAUUCACCCGUUACAGUAAUAUUUUUAUACAUGUAUAAAAAAAAUUUUUUUUUAUUAUUUUGUUGACUGAGGGCCAAAAUACUGUGUGAGAGGAAGUGUGCGUUUUUAAUGUUUUUUUUUUUUGUAAAUUUAAAACAGGUCUGGGUAUGCCGUACAGAUGUACCUAUAUAUAUGUACGUGUAUAUUUUGGGGGGGAUCCUCAUGUUUUUUUUACGUUUUUCUUCCUUCAUGCUCCACUUGAACA